GCCGGAGCAGCUGGAUAGGAGUAGUGAAGCCCACUCCUCGGGGGAUGCGGCCAAUUUCCAGGCUCCCUGGGCUACAACUCCCGAGCCUUAUAGGGUGCCGGCCUCGCCUCGGCCGCUACCCUCGGCCCCGUGGUUCUCCCGGCGGCGCCCGUGGCGAAAUGUAAAUGAGCAAAGAUGGAUCAGGAAGGUGGGGGAGAUGGGCAGAAGGCCCCGAGCUUCCAGUGGCGGAACUACAAGCUCAUCGUGGAUCCUGCCUUGGACCCUGCCUUGCGCAGGCCUUCGCAAAAGGUGUACCGCUAUGAUGGAAUCCACUUCAGUGUCAAUGACUCAAAGUAUAUUCCUGUUGAAGAUCUCCAAGACCCCCGUUGCCACGUCAGGUCCAAAACUAGAGAAUUUUCUCUCCCAGUCCCUAAAUUUAAGCUGGAUGAGUUCUAUAUUGGGCAAAUUCCACUGAAGGAAGUGACCUUUGCAAGGCUGAAUGACAACGUACGGGAGACCUUCCUGAAGGAAAUGUGCCGAAAGUAUGGCGAGGUGGAAGAGGUAGAGAUUCUUCUUCACCCCCGUACUCGAAAGCACCUGGGUCUGGCCCGUGUGCUCUUUACCAGUACUCGGGGAGCCAAGGAAACGGUCAAAAACCUCCACCUUACCUCCGUCAUGGGAAACAUCAUCCAUGCCCAGCUCGACAUCAAAGGACAACAGCGAAUGAAAUACUAUGAAUUGAUUGUCAAUGGCUCCUACACUCCCCAGACGGUGCCCACUGGGGGCAAGGCACUGAGUGAGAAGUUCCAGGGCUCCGGGGCAGCCACAGAGACGACUGAAUCCCGCCGCCGUUCCUCCUCCGACACAGCUGUCUACCCAGCAGGCAUGGCUGUAGUGGGCACCCCUGGCAACGGCACCCCUUGCUCCCAGGACACAAGCUUCUCCAGCAGCCGGCAGGACACCCCAUCUUCCUUUGGCCAAUUCACCCCUCAGUCCUCCCAAGGAACCCCCUACACGUCUCGGGGCAGCACCCCCUAUUCUCAGGACUCUGCCUACUCCAGCAGCACCACUUCAACCUCCUUCAAGCCCCGGCGGUCAGAAAACAGCUACCAAGAUUCCUUUUCCCGUCGCCAUUUCUCUGCUUCCUCGGCUCCCACAACCACCUCUGCAGCCAUCUCAGUCACCACUGCAGUCACCUCCACCUCCUCCUCCUCAUCAUCUUCAUUGUCCUCGUCUUCCUCCUCUUCCUCGUCUUCUCAUUUCCGUGGUUCUGACUCAAACUACCCAGCAUAUUAUGAAAGCUGGAAUCGUUACCAGCGCCAUGCUUCCUACCCACCUCGUCGGGCCAUUCGGGAGGAACCCCCUGGAGCCCCUUUUGCUGAAAACACAGCUGAGCGCUUCCCACCUUCCUACACCUCCUACUUGCCCCCUGAGCCCAGCCGGCCUGCUGACCAGGACUACCGACCACCUGCCUCCGAGGCUCAACCCCCAGAGCCUCCAGAACCUGGUGGAGGUGGGGAUGGUGGUGGGUCUAGCCCUGAGAGAGAAGAAACCAGGAACUCCCCGCACCCAGCUUCACCUGCCCGUUCAGGCUCGCCAGCCCCAGAGACCACCAACGAGAGUGUGCCCUUUGCUCACCACAGCAGCCUGGAUUCCCGCAUUGAAAUGCUGCUGAAGGAACAGCGCUCCAAGUUUUCCUUCCUGGCCUCUGACACAGAGGAGGAGGAGGAGGAGAAUGGCAGCACAGGCCCCGGGGCUAGAGACACAGGGAGCGAGGUGCCUUCUGGGUCAGGUCAUGGGCCCUGCACACCCCCUCCUGCUCCAGCUAAUUUUGAGGAUGUGGCACCCACAGGAAGCGGGGAGCCAGGGGCCAUCAGGGAGUCUCCUAAGGCCAAUGGACAGAACCAGGCUUCCCCCUGCUCUUCUGGAGAAGACAUGGAGAUAUCUGAUGAUGACAGGGGCGGCUCACCCCCUCCAGCCCCAACACCCCCUCAGCAGCCCCCGCCACCCCCGCCACCACCCCCUCCACCCCCUCCCUACUUGGCUUCUCUUCCCCUUGGUUAUCCUCCCCAUCAACCUGCCUACCUCCUUCCACCCCGACCUGAUGGUCCACCGCCCCCUGAGUACCCCCCACCUCCUCCACCGCCCCCCCACAUCUAUGAUUUUGUGAACUCCCUGGAGCUCAUGGAUCGACUAGGGGCUCAGUGGGGAGGGAUGCCCAUGUCCUUCCAGAUGCAGACACAGAUGUUGACCCGGCUCCAUCAGCUGCGGCAGGGCAAGGGAUUAACUGCAGCGUCUGCGGGGCCCCCUGGGGGAGCCUUUGGAGAGGCCUUCCUACCAUUCGCACCCCCCCAAGAGGCAGCCUAUGCCUUGCCCUAUGCUCUGUACACACAAGGGCAAGAAGGCCGAGGGGCGUACUCCCGGGAGACCUACCACCUGCCUUUGCCUAUGGCAGCUGAGCCCCUGCCCUCCUCAGUCUCGGGAGAAGAGGCCCGACUUCCUCCUAGGGAAGAAGCUGAGCUGGCAGAGGGCAAGGCUUUACCAUCAGCAGGCACUGUGGGCCGUGUGCUGGCCACCCUAGUCCAGGAGAUGAAGAGCAUCAUGCAGCGUGACCUCAACCGCAAGAUGGUGGAGAAUGUGGCCUUUGGAGCCUUUGACCAGUGGUGGGAGAGCAAGGAAGAGAAGGCCAAGCCAUUCCAGAACGCAGCCAAACAGCAAGCCAAGGAGGAAGAUAAAGAGAAGACGAAGCUCAAGGAGCCAGGUCUGCUGUCCCUCGUAGACUGGGCCAAGAGUGGGGGUACCACUGGCAUCGAGGCCUUCGCCUUUGGGUCAGGGCUACGAGGGGCCCUGCGACUGCCUUCUUUCAAGGUAAAACGGAAAGAACCAUCAGAGAUUUCAGAAGCUAGUGAGGAAAAGCGGCCUCGGCCCUCCACCCCAGUGGAGGAGGAUGAAGACGACCCUGAGCGAGAGAAGGAGACAGGAGAGCCAGGACGUCCAGGAACCAAGCCCCCAAAGCGAGAUGAAGAACGAGGCAAGACCCAGGGCAAGCACCGCAAGUCUUUUGCUCUGGACAGUGAAGGGGAGGAGGCCUCUCAGGAGUCUUCCUCAGAGAAGGACGAAGAAGAUGAUGAGGAAGAUGAGGAAGAUGAAGAUGGAGAGGAAGCCAUGGAUACCACUAAGAAGGAAAUAGAGGCCUCAGAUGGCGAGGAUGAGGAAAGCGGUUUGUCCCCCAAAUGUUCUCUGUAUGCUGACUCAGAUGGUGACAAUGAUAGUCCAUCGGACUCAGAGAGCAGCAGCUCGUCCAGCUCCUCAUCUUCUUCCUCAUCCUCUUCAUCGUCUUCCUCCUCCUCCUCAUCAUCUGAGUCCUCUGAAGAGGAAGAAGAGGAAGAGGAGCAGCUAGCACCCAAGCCUUCAGCCUCACCGCCCUCCAGAGAAGACCCAGCGUCCCUUAUCCCAGCGCCUAUAGAAGAGCCUGAACCAGAGAGAGUUGCAGACUCCCCAGUCAUCUCUCUCCCUGAACAGGAGAAGUCUCCCGCCAGGCCUGCAGGUUCCACUGAGGAACCACCUCCCAGUGUACCUCAGCCUCCCCCAGAGCCACCCGCUGGGCUCCCAGCUCCUGCCCCACGUCCCGAGGAGCGCCCAUCGUCUCCUAUCCCUCUCCUUCCCCCACCCAAGAAACGCCGGAAAACGGUCUCCUUUUCUACCACAGAAGAGGCGCCAGCCGCAGAGCUUCCUCCAGUUGUCCCACUACAGGUCAAGUCUCCUGGCCCAGUCUCUCGCAAAGUCCCCCGGGGUGUGGAGCGGACCAUUCGAAACCUGCCUCUGGACCACGCAUCUCUGGUUAAGAGUUGGCCUGAGGAAGUGCCCCGAGGGGGACGGAGCCGGGCUGGAGGCAAAGGCCGCUGUCCUGAAGAAGAAGAGGCAGAGCCGGGAGCAGAAGUGGACCUGGCGGUGCUGGCUGACCUGGCCCUGACCCCAGCCCGGCGUGGGCUGGUGGCCCCACCUACUGGUGAUGACUCUGAGGCCACAGAGACAUCAGACGAGGCGGACCGCCUGGGCCCCCCACUCAGCUACAUCUUCCUGGAGCACAACUAUGCCCUGGCUACCAAGCCCAUGCCUUCCACGCUGACCUCUCGGCCCCUAGAACCAGUUCCUGCCCCCGUGGCUCUCUUCAGCUCCCCAGCAGAUGAGGUCCUGGAGGCCCCUGAGGUGGUGGUGGCUGAGGCCGAAGAGCCAAAGCAGCAGCCAGAGGAGGAGGAGGAGGAAUCGGAGUCUUCGGAGAGCAGCAGCAGCAGUAGUAGUGAUGGGGAAGGGGCCCUCAGGCGGCGCAGCCUCCGCUCCCACACCCGACGCCGGCGACCGCCCCCGCCUCCACCUCCCCCACCCCCACCCACCUUCGAGCCCCGCAGUGAAUUUGAACAGAUGACCAUCCUGUAUGACAUUUGGAACUCAGGCCUGGAUUUGGAGGACAUGGGCUACCUGCGGCUUACCUAUGAGCGGCUGCUACAGCAGACAAGUGGAGCGGACUGGCUUAACGACACCCACUGGGUCCAUCACACAAUCACCAACCUGAACACUCCAAAACGCAGGCGACGGCCCCAGGACGGGCCCCGGGAGCACCAGACAGGCUCAGCUCGCAGCGAAGGCUAUUAUCCCAUCAGCAAGAAGGAAAAGGACAAGUACCUGGAUGUGUGCCCUGUCUCGGCCCGGCAGCUGGAGGGAGCAGACACUCAGGGAACUAACCGUGUGCUUUCUGAGCGCCGAUCUGAGCAGAGGCGGUUGCUGAGUGCCAUUGGCACCUCGGCCAUCAUGGAUAGCGAUCUGCUGAAGCUGAACCAGCUCAAGUUCCGGAAGAAGAAGCUCCGAUUUGGCCGGAGCCGGAUCCAUGAGUGGGGUCUAUUUGCCAUGGAGCCCAUUGCAGCCGACGAGAUGGUCAUCGAAUACGUGGGUCAGAACAUCCGCCAGAUGGUCGCUGAUAUGCGGGAGAAGCGCUACGUGCAAGAGGGCAUUGGCAGCAGCUACCUGUUCCGGGUUGACCACGACACCAUCAUUGAUGCUACCAAGUGCGGCAACUUGGCAAGAUUCAUCAACCACUGCUGCACGCCCAACUGUUACGCCAAGGUGAUCACUAUCGAAUCACAGAAGAAGAUUGUGAUUUACUCCAAGCAGCCCAUCAGCGUGGAUGAGGAGAUCACCUACGACUACAAGUUCCCGCUGGAGGACAAUAAGAUCCCAUGUCUGUGUGGCACCGAGAGCUGCCGGGGAUCCCUCAACUGA